ACAACCUACUUCCGUUCUCCUCACUUCCGGCUCCGCUGCGCUGGCUGGGUGCUGACUCCCGAGGCCGGGUUGAGAGGCCCCGGUCCGAGUGUCCUCGGCGGUUGGUCAGUGUGAGCCUGUGACAGCUGCAGUUGCUCCCCGCCCCCAAGGAUCCGAGGCGUCUACCAUGGCUCAAGAAUCUCCCAAAAAUUCAGCAGCAGAAAUCGCAGUAACAAGUAAUGGAGAGCUUGAUGAAUCUCACGAGCACACCUUUAAUAGGGAUUUGAAACGGUCCUUGCCAGCUGGUCUUGGUCUCUCAGAAACCCAGAUUACAUCCCAUGGCUUUGACAGUACCAAAGAGGGAGUUAUUGAAGCAGGAGCAUUUCAAGGUUCCCCAGCACCACCAUUGCCAUCUGUAAUGUCUCCUAGCAGGGUUGCAGCUAGUCAACUGGUUCAACAAGGAAGUGAUUUAAUUGUUCCUGCAGGUGGUCAGAAAACACAGACAAAAAGUGGACCAGUUAUUCUAGCAGAUGAAAUUAAAAAUCCUGCAAUGGAAAAAUUAGAACUCGUUAGAAAAUGGAGUCUAAACACCUACAAGUGCACCCGACAAAUUAUCUCCGAGAAGCUAGGCCGUGGCUCAAGGACUGUGGACCUUGAACUGGAAGCUCAGAUUGAUAUAUUAAGAGAUAAUAAGAAAAAAUAUGAAAAUAUUCUCAAACUGGCCCAGACACUGUCUACCCAGCUUUUCCAGAUGGUGCAUACACAAAGGCAGCUUGGAGAUGCAUUUGCUGACCUGAGUUUGAAGUCACUAGAACUCCAUGAAGAAUUUGGCUACAAUGCAGAUACCCAGAAACUGUUGGCUAAAAAUGGAGAGACUCUUCUUGGGGCUAUUAAUUUUUUCAUUGCCAGUGUGAACACUUUGGUGAAUAAAACUAUUGAAGAUACCUUAAUGACCGUGAAACAGUAUGAAAGUGCCAGGGUUGAAUAUGAUGCUUAUCGAACUGAUUUAGAAGAACUGAAUCUUGGACCACGUGAUGCAAACACUCUGCCAAAGAUUGAGCAGUCACAACACCUAUUCCAGGCACAUAAGGAAAAAUAUGAUAAAAUGCGCAGCGAUGUUUCUAUCAAAUUGAAAUUUCUAGAAGAAAAUAAGGUGAAAGUAUUGCACAAUCAAUUGGUCCUUUUCCACAAUGCCAUUGCCGCUUACUUUGCUGGGAAUCAGAAGCAGCUUGAACAGACACUUAAACAGUUCCAUAUCAAAUUGAAAACUCCUGGAAUGGAUGCCCCAUCUUGGCUUGAAGAACAGUAAUCACACAUGGUGGGGGAAAGGCCCAUUGCUAUAUUCCUACGCAAACCUGAUAAAAAUUAAGCAGAGUUGGGGGAAGUGGAGUGGAAUGACAACCAUUUGUAGUGAUUCUUGCACAAACAGCUUUAAUUUUUUCCUUUUCAUACUGUAUCAAUUGAACUGUUAAAUUGGGUGGGAACAUGGGUGGCUGUAAUGUAAACAAAAUAUCUAUAAUCCAGACACAAUAAUUUUCCUUUUUGAGAAAUCUUUUUGUAUGGCGAGUGUUAAUGACUAUUUCUGUAGCUUGAAGACAUCUAAUAUAGAUUUGCACUGAUAAGAGAAAAAUUCAAGGUUUUAGGUCCCAGAAAUGAGGGCCACUUGUAACUUUUCCAAAGGGAGGUUUACAUGAUUUAUAGAAACAUUUGAUAUUUUAUAUAUGAGUAUAUUAAACAUCUUAAAGAGAUUCAUUUUUUGUGUAUUGUCUUAGAGAAAAAGAAACUAUUUUGCAGAGUAAAACUAUGUGGUGUUUCUGCAGCGUCCACACAGAGACAACCGCUCUCCUGUGGAGUUGACAUGUGGAGUUGUGACAAAUGCCUUUUUAAAAAAUGAAUCUGUACCAUUGUAAGUUUGUUUAAACUUUUUUAAAAGACGCAGGAAUCACACUGUCAUUUUGUGAGGUUUGUAAGCUUAUGCAUCUGCAUUGCCCAAAGUCGUUGGGUGGUCAUGUUAACAAUUGCUUUUGAUUCACAAUGAAACCUUCUUAAGAGAAGUCUUUGGCAGGUGGACUUAGGAAUAGAGAUUCUUGACAGUUUCUAGAGUUAGAAGUCUGAGCUUAGAAAGUUAGUUUUAGGAUAAAUUCCAUUUUGAUAGAAUUGAAUUCCUAGACAGCUUUUAUUGACUUCCAUAUGUAACAAUACCAUUUAAGCCUUAAAUCACAGAUAUGUGCCUUCUCAGAUACAGUAAUUCUUGUUCAACCAUUGUACAUACCCAUAAAGAAACCCCUUUCAAAUAAUGUUUGAUGUGUCUGUUCUUCCCUUGGAAAGGAACACUGUGUAUAAAUUUGGGGUCUCUUUGUACUCGUUAAACCACAUUUAAAUUUCAUAGUGAAAUCAACUUAUUUUGAGUUUGUUUUUUUAGUUUUCCUUAAUUCCUUUUGAGGAAUGGAAAGUGGGAUGGGUUGUGUUUUUUACUAUUUUGGUAAUAAAAAGGUAAUGGAGAAUAGUUCGGUGGUGGCAGGAAGAAACCAGAUGGGAAAAGGCCAGUACUGUUUUAGUUGCUGAGCAGUGUUGAUUAUGUGUUAUGUGGUUGGCUUGUCCACUGUGUGGUUCUGUCAGUGAUGUAAUCUUUACUAAAUGUAAGAUUAAUUUUUGUCACAGACAUAAAUUAAUAUUUUGAGAGUUCUCGCUUCGCCUGUUCAUUUCUUUUGUGUUGAAAUGGAUUACUUAAAAUUACCGUUAUACACAAUUUUUGUGGAUUGUAAGAUUUGUUAUAUAUGUUCAGAUGCCUUUUUGCUGGCUUUUUAAUUAAUAUGCCUGUUUUCAGUGCUUAAUACAAUGUAAUGUGAUUGUUAACCAUAAUCCUAUUUUAAAUCAUUCCCUCCUGUAUGUUUGUACUCGGAGAGAGCCUUAUUUUAUUCUUGUGAUAAUAGUUCAUUGACAUUCCCCAGAAUGUGCCUCUGGUGUGAAUUUUGUAUUCUUAUUAAAAGUGUUUGCUGCAGUA